CUGGAGCUUGUUUCCGGCCACCUCAGCGGGAAGCGGAGACGCAAGCAGCUAGGUCUUCGGAAACUGGGGUAGAGGUUUAACUGUUGUCCCGGCGGAGCAAGUCAAAACACAUCUACGGCCGUCUGGGCCAGUGUUGGGUCUCCGUAGCCUGUAAAGAUGGUGUUGCUCACGAUGAUCGCCCGAGUGGCGGACGGGCUCCCGUUGGCCGCCUCGAUGCAGGAGGACGAACAGUCUGGCCGGGACCUUCAGCAGUACCAGAGUCAGGCUAAGCAGCUCUUCCGAAAGUUGAAUGAACAGUCCCCUACCAGAUGCACCUUGGAAGCUGGGGCCAUGACUUUUCAUUACAUUAUUGAACAGGGAGUAUGUUAUUUGGUUCUGUGUGAAGCUGCCUUCCCUAAGAAGCUGGCUUUUGCCUACCUAGAAGAUUUACACUCAGAAUUUGAUGAACAGCAUGGGAAGAAGGUGCCGACUGUGUCUAGACCCUACUCCUUUAUUGAGUUUGAUACCUACAUUCAGAAAACCAAAAAGCUUUACAUUGACAGUCGUGCUCGGAGAAACUUAGGCUCCAUCAACACUGAACUGCAAGAUGUGCAGAGAAUCAUGGUCGCAAAUAUUGAAGAAGUGUUACAACGGGGAGAAGCACUCUCAGCAUUGGAUUCGAAGGCUAACAAUUUGUCCAGUCUGUCCAAGAAAUACCGCCAGGAUGCGAAGUACUUGAACAUGCGUUCCACUUACGCCAAACUUGCAGCAGUAGCUGUAUUUUUCAUCAUGUUAAUAGUGUAUGUGCGCUUCUGGUGGCUGUGAAGUAGUGAAUCCAGUCACUGGCAAGGGAGAACCUAGAACCCGGCAGGUGUAUGUUUUCAGGAAGCUGAGCGCACAGAGAUGUGUAUUAGAAUCCAAGUGGAACUUCUGCCUCUAAAGACCUUGCAAGAAAAGACAUGUCCUGAAAAUGAAAGAUUACACCUCAUUUAAUGAAGCUUAGCCCUAUGUAGAAAGUGUCUUUCCGGGGCAGAGGCUUUCUCUGGGUGCUAAGCCAUAUACAUUAGGGAACAGUAGAUUGUUUUAUUUGUUUUUUUCCCCUCCCAGUGUUUUACAUUUUUCAAACAGCACUGACUGGGGCAUUCUCAUUCUCUAAUGGAGCCGUCAGUGAGAUUUGGCUUAACCAACCUAUGCUAGCAAGUCUGAAAUCCCUUCAGAGAAGGCAGCCCUUCAGGAAGUUUUUUGACUCUGUUUAAUCAACAUUCCUUUCGUUGGUGACAUUUGUGAUUUUCAGGAAUCUGAGUUGUUUGAUGGCCUUUUAAACAAGACUCCAGUAUGUGAAGGUUAAUUGCUGUGCUGCAAGAUAUCCUGUCUAUUGGCCCCUAUAGGAAGUUAACCUUGUUUUUCAUUUAUGAUAAUUUGCUUAUUGCACAAUUGCUUUAGGGUUAAAUGAAUUAUAUUAAGAUGCCUUGAAAUUAUAUUAUAGCACUCCUUGAUUAAGAAGCAAAAAUGUUUUCUGUCAUUUACUCUUAAAAGACUUAAAAUUAGUUUGGGACAUUCUUGAUUUUAUUUUUCUGCAUCUGGUUUAUAUUGAUAUAAGAGUGAGUAUAGCAUAUAGCCAGAGGCCCCUGACUUAGUGGGCAGACAGGCCAGCUCAUCACCACAGCUUUGUCCUCCUUCCUCACCUCAUCACUACGGUUUUCCCCCCUUUCCCUCCUGCCACAGCUUGCUAGGGUUUCCUGAAUUGCUCUGAGCCCUAUAGUCUCAUGUCCCGUAACUGUCCUCUCAGUAUAGUCUCAGAUUUCAAAAGGGAAGAUAAUCAGUUGCUUAGUUAAUUAAAUUGAAAUUUUUCAGAGCAACUACUCAAACUACUAAACAUAUUUAUCUAAGAAAAUCUGAGAGCACCUCAUAUCUGCUUCAGUUAUGUAAUUCUCUAAGAAUGUUCUAGAGAGAGCUCAUUUACAGUAGAUUCUGUUAACAAAUAAAAGUACCUGAUUUUUCCCUUUUUUGCUCAGGGAUAAUGAGAAUUUCCUUUUACCUUCUGAGGUAGAAUUUUUUAAAUGGGGAGAAUAGGCCUUUUAAAUAUUGUCACAAGAGUGUACAAUAUAACCUCUAAUUCCUACACAUACUGCAAAUAUUUCUUUAAAUUGUACAGGAAAAUGAACCAACUUCUUACUUCUUAAGAUCUUUAGAAAGAACUUUAACCAGUAAGCAGUUUUAUAACUCAGGAUCAUCAAACCUAGUAUUCUGAUUCCUGAUAGAGAAAAAAAAAAAUCUUUUUUCUUUAAAACAAGGCAAGGAGAAAUGCUUAUUUUAUUCCUGAUAAUUUACAGAACUAGAAUAAAAUUUUUUUCUUCCCAUUUUGGACCUCUGUCUGCCAAUUGGAGUUUUGUGCAUGAAAUAAGAAGUUACUUUUUAUAGAGAAUAAGUGCUUGAAGUCCCUAAAAGUCUUGUCCCUCAGUAAUGAUGUUGGUAAUAAAAGCCUUUGAAAGGCUGAAAACCUAAAUAGUAGUACCAUAGCUUUUGGUACUUCUGUAGAAGUGGAGAGUGAGUGGCAGCUCAUUGUUGAGAGUUGCAUGCCGCAACCAGGUCGUCAGCAAUGAAAUAAAUACUUCUAGAAUGUU